AUGUCAAGCAUAGGGAGUCAGGUUGUUCUAUGUGAUGGAGUGUUGGACCAUGCAGGUGCUUCCUAUUCGGGAAAUAUUGAAGCUGUGCACGUAGAGCCUCGGUCCGACUCCUGGUCCGAAUUCCAGAGCACGACAAAAGCCAAGAACGCAGCCUCGUCACUACCUCAGCGCAGCAUCACGCGUUUCGUCACUUCAACGACGUCCAGUUGCCCCCUUCAAGAUUUGGAAUACGGGCUGGAAAAGAUGGCGAACCGUGUGGAUGCAAAGCUGCUUAGGCAGACCAAAUUCCCCCCGGAAUUCAGCCGGAAGGUGGACAUGACCAAAGUGAAUAUCGAGGUCAUGAAAAAGUGGAUCGCGGGAAAGAUCUCUGAGAUUCUAGGGAAUGAGGAUGACGUUGUGAUUGAGCUUUGCUUCAAUCUUUUGGAGGGCUCGCGGUUUCCCGAUAUCAAAUCUCUUCAGAUUCAGCUUACAGGGUUUCUGGAUAAGGAUACUGGUCGCUUUUGCAAGGAGCUUUGGACUUUGUGUCUUAGCGCGCAAGACAAUCCUCAGGGCGUCCCGAAAGAACUCCUGGAAGCAAAGAAGCUAGAGCUCAUACAAGAGAAGCAGAGCGAGCAGCCGAAGAAGCCCGCAAGAAAAAAGAGCAGGAACGGGUACGGGAACGAGAGCUGGAAGAAAUCAGGCGCAGGGAGCGUUCCGACAGAGGCAGAGGAAGGAGAGGUGGGGGCUAUGGAGGGCGUGAUUUUGAGCGACGGCGGUCACCACCACCUCCUAGACGACGCAGUCGGGAACGUCAUUGGGAGCAAUCUUCCAGGCGCGAGUUUGAUUCGUACGUUCCCUCCGGCGGCACUCGCAAAGGUCGGCGGCCGCCUUCCCGGUCGGCGAGUCGCUCACGGUCACGGUCAGCAUCUUCAUCUCGAUCACCACCGCGAAGGCACCGCCCUGACCGAAACAGACGACGCCGUUCUGCCAGUGGCUCUGCUUCCCCCGACCGUGGAGAUCGCACGAGGCAGAGGAGACGCAGCAGUCCUGAUUAUGAAGAGACCGAAGAAGACCAAGAUCCGUUUCUUCUCGCAGCUCAUCCCGGUCCCCUGCUCCCAAGCAAAUGACAGGAAAGAAUCCUCGGCUAAUGAUGCAAAGGGCCGCAAACCCCGUGACGACCGUCGUUUGAGCCGCAGUAGAGAUCGUGGUGACAACCGCAGACGCCGACACUCCACUCGAAGUGUAAGUCGCAGUCGCAGUCGCAGUCGCAGUCGGAGUCGGGGACGAUCUCCCAGCAAAAGUGCCAGUCCUCGACGUCAUGAUUCACGCAGCCGCAGCCGCAGCCGCAGUCGCGCAAGGGAAAGGAAGCGACGCCGUUCCAUUGAGAGAUAUGCUCCUGCGGCCCGACGCAGGCGCAACACCUCUUCCGUAUCCGUUCAUACUGAAAAACGACAGAGAAUGGCUGAUCAAGACGAGGGCCCUGUAAAGCGAAAGUCGCCUCCUCCAGAAGCUGACCGAGAGAAGAGCAGCGCCGAAGAGGUGGACACACAGGCACGUCCCAAACCCCCGGCACGCAUUCCCAGCUCCGAGCUACGGGAAAGAAUUCUCCGCGAGAAACUAGUUGCCAUGCGGCGUCGGACCUCAAAUGACAAGGUAGGUAAAUAA